AUGUCGGUGUCAGAGCCGUCGAUUAGUGUAAAUGAAGAUGUGGCUGCUGUGAAACAGGAAGUCGUUGAGGACAAUGGUGUUUUGAUUGAGAGUUUGAAGAAAGAGAGAGAUUUUGAGGUAAGGAUAAUAUUUUUAUUAUUUUUUCCUUUUUAGGUGGAGAAUGAGCUGUUGAGAAGUGAGUUGGACACAGUCAGAGCGCACAAUGAAGCUUUGGAGGACAACAACUUGGAUCUGCGAGCCCAAUUGGCGGCCAAAAGCCAAACGGAAAAGGUUGGACAUCUAGUAUAACGGAUAUUAUUAGUAAAGCUAUGAAAAAUAGUUGUAAGAGGGUUUAAUUGAUAUUUUCAGGACUUGCAAGAGCAGCUCAAGGUUCUGAGCCAGUUUGCAAUCAACAAUGGAUCCUCUCAUCAGAAGCAGGUCGAUCUGCAGCGGAUGUACGACCAGAUGUGUUACAAGGACGGUAGAAUUGUGGAACUCAACAACAUAAUAACAGACAAAGAAAGGCAAAUAAUGGAUCUCCAAGAGAUGUGUAGAGAGCAGAAUCAAGUCGCUGAAGCCAAAAAUCGGGCUGUUCAGAUCGUCAACAAACGACUCAAGGUGAAUAUAAUUUAUAUUGAUGAAGCAGAUGUUCAUGGCGGUGUAAAACAUCGAAAAAUGUGUUUGAAGGUGUGUGAUUUAAUUUGUUUUCUGUUUUUAGGACUUGGACAAUCGAAAGUUCAGUGACGCGUCUACUGAAACCGAUUUGGCUUCGGCCAUACGGAAGGAAAAGAGCACAGUGAAACGAGAGAUCUCGCCUGGUCGGGCGGUUCCUCAACUAAGACUCUAUGGUAGGUCAAGGGUCUGCUGUCAAAAUUUGGAAGGCUAGCAACCGUGAUAUUGCCUUUCAAAUUGCGAAAAUUGAGAGAGUUCAAUAGACAUCCUAAAAUAAGUUGGUUAUGGGAAAUUUAGGCGGUAAAAGUUGACUUGAUGGAUUGAAUAGAUGCGAAUCGAGAUUUUAAGAUGUGAUAAGGCUGCUCAAAGCUCUUUUGAAGAUUGAAUUGAAAAAAAAUCUAGAUUUUUCGAUUAAAAUUUUUAUUUUAUUUUUUUGACCUGACAAUGUAAAAAGUUUGCGUUUUUUAGCCAGAAAUUUGAUCUUCAGCUGUUUAACGAGUUAUCAACUGCAAAUAAGAUGUCUCUUCGUUAUUUUGAGUCCAAAAAUUUCAGGUUCCAACCACUCUCCCCCUCCAAUUGACCCAUCGGAAGAGCAGUCCAGCUUCACCACCGAAACCGCUACCAAUGUGGAAGAAGCGGCCGACGCCGACCGGGAAUGGUCCUCCUCUCCCACACCAUCCGGCCGGAAGUAUCGAAAAAAGGUCACAUUUGACCUGAGAGCAGCGUCAGUUCCGACUUUGAGAACGCCGCAGCCCGGCCAAGAACCGGUUGAUCAGGAGACGUUAUUGGACGACAGAGAGAGUUUGGCUCAAGCUGUGGUGGAUUUGAGCGCCGAAAAUGACCAAUUGAGAAAGACCAUCGCCGAAAUGGAAAAGAAUCAGGCUGGGCAAGGAGUUGGCGACGUGAAAAUCGCAGCGGUAUGUGUUUUAUAUUGUUUUUUGGAAAUUUAGGUAUCAAAAUUGAUGUUGAAGAUUGCUGAAAGCUCUCUUAGAGCUCUCGCGGAGAAAUUUUUGAGGCUCUGGUAAGGGGAGGUCAUGCCAAAUUUUUGGGAGAAAAAUUUUGCGCUAGUCGCGAUUUUUUCAACUAAUUUUGCCUGACCUUCAGCUGGAAGAAGAAGCCGAACUCGCCCGAAAAGACGGCCGCAAUCAAGCGAUCAAAGCGCGCGCCGCCGCGACUGCGCGUCUGAAGGCCUUGGAAACCGAACUCCGGGAACUGAAAAUCAACACUUCCAAGGAAAUUGACAGCCUGAAGGCAUCGAAUGAGGUCCUCAAAUCCUCAAGGGAGUGGGCAUUGAUGGAGAAUUCGAAGCUCCUGGAACAAAUAUCGAAACUGAAACAGAAGCUGAGCGAUCUGCACGGCGAACUGGACGCCUCAAAUGCGGCGACAAACGUGAUUCGUCAGCGAUUGGAGGCCGAGGAGCGAAGAUAUCAGGGCCUCACUGAAGAGCUGAGGAACGCGAACGCCGCGAACCAACAGCUGGUCGACGAAAAGUCGUAUCUGGUCAACGAAAUUGAACGUCUGAAUGAUGACCUAAACCAACAAGCCGAUGUGAUCUCCUCCAUGGAGGGAGACUUGAUCGUCUAUGAGGCACAUGUUGCUAUCUUAAGAGAGAGUUUGAGCAUGACCAAGAAGGAGGAACAGCAACUCAUCAAGUCCAAGGCAUUUGCGGCGAAACUGAGCGCCCUGGAACAGGAAAAAGCGGUGAUUUCGAAGAGAAAUAAUGGUAAGGGAGGCUGAAUUUGGAUGUGAUUAGAGUGGAUAUUUCAUGAAUUUUAUUGGGAAGUGGCUGGAUUAGAGAUUUUGAUGAAAAAGUUUGGGAAAUUAUAUUGUUUUAGGUGGAAAAAAGGGGAAAAUUUAGGAUUUUUAAAGUUAGGAUUUUUAUGGAGGAAAUUCAUUGUUUUGAAGAGUUUUUGAACUAAAAGAAGUGGUUUACAUUAAAAUUUGAUAUUGAAAAUCGUAAGAUGAUGAAAAUUUUUAUACUGUUUUAGGUGCGAAAGAAGAAAAAAUCGAGGAUUUUGAAUAGAAAGUGGUUCAUUUAUUGAGAGGAUUUAGAUUUCAGAGGAUUUUUUUGGGCUGCGGUUUUUGACUUUUCCAGAAAAGUCAGUAUAAAUGUCUUUUUCAGACGAAAAAAUCCGAACUAAAGCCCUGAACACGAAAAUCCGAGAGCUGGAGAAGGAACGAGACUCGCUGGUUGAGUCAAUAAUGUACACACAAGGCCUCCUCCAACAAUACGAGGACUCCAAGGGAUCGGGCCGCCGAACCAUGUCCAAUUCCAUCGAUGGAAGCGAAUGCGGAGAGCCAAAGCGAUUGCGAAAAAUUGAUGAGGAUUUGAAAAAUACGGAGCGGAAUUUGAAGGAAAGGGGUAUUGACGAAGAUUAUGCCAUAAAUAAUGAAACGGACGGGUUGGGAAGAGGAUUGGGCCAGGAAAAUUUGGACAAUUCAGUCCAUGAAGACGUGAGCCCCGAAAUGUACCAAAAAAUGGUGCCGGAAUUCGCGCGCGCCACCGUAACCCCCAUGGUCCCAAUCCCCAUAAAAUUCCAAUCGAACUCGGCCUUCCAGCCAAUCAGCAGCCAGCUGAGCCGUGAGACCCUCAACUCAUCCACCACCGACCUGGAAUCCCGAAUUCAGCGGCUCAAAAAUGAGAACGAGGCGGAGAAGGAGCAGCGAAGAAGAUUGGAACAAGAAAUUGGAAAUUUGAAAAUCUCCCAAAGCGAAGUGGCUCAACUCUUAAAAGAAGCCAUUGAAAAUGUCCUACAGCACCUAAGGGAAAACGGCCACACGGCUUUGGCGGAGAAUUUGAACGCUGAGGUCAGAAAUUAUCUUCACCAUGGAGAUCUGAGACAGGUUGCUUCGGAGGUCCGUAGAUUCAUCGAUGAAGUUCUUAAAACGUUGGUUGAUGGAAAUAUUGGAGCCUCAAGAAGCAAAGAAUCGAAUGAAAUCAGCAGACACAUCAAGACGGCCGUGGAUGUCACAUACGAGGACCUGAAACAUCAGGUAGGCCUAGUGUAAUAUAAUGUGGUAGAUGGUUGUGAAAAAAUUUAACAGUGGAAUGUCUUAAUGGGAAAUUUGGUGUAUAAUGAACUGAUUUGGAAGGCAGAUGUUAGUUUGGAGCUCUAUAUAACGAAGCUUUUGUAUAACGAACACUUUUUUUUGAAUUUUUUUGAGGGAUUCCACGGUUCAAUUUUUUGACGAGAUUCGCCUGGAAUAGGGCGUAGAUGUACCUAUAGUUUUGUUCACAGCACCGUACCGUCCAUUCCGUUUCGAACCAACAGUUGGCACAGUGUUCGUACCUCUUUAUCCAUAUCAUUUUUUUGUUUUUGAGUUGGCACCUCUUAUUGUUGAACAAAAAAAAAUUUUUUUUUUUUGGAUUUUUGACAAUUUUGUGGGGUGUGGAGAGGAAUGAGGCUCUCAUUUUCAUCCAUAUCUCUCAUAAAAAUGCCAAAACUUCAAAAAAUUUUUAAUUUCCGAAGAUUUUUUGAAAUUUGAAUUUCCCCUGAAAUCACAAUAUUAGUUACACUUCCGCACAUGUCAAGUCGAAUAUAAUGUUGAAAUCGAAAAAAAAUUCUUGAAGAUGGAAAAGGAAAGAGAGUUUUUCGAAACGGAAUGGAGUACGGUGAAGGCUCUUAUUCUGCAGCAGAACGCCGAAGACGACGGAGAAGAUGGUGGAAAACAAGAAGAGAGAAGCCUAAAGGACCAGAAAGAACGGAAAAUUGGUGUGGAGGUGAGAAAAAAAGCAAAUUUUUUGAUGAUUUAUAUUGUUGUAGAAUUAAUUUAUAUUAUUUUAGACCCCAAUCAGCCAAAACUUUAAUUCCUUGGAGGAGGAGGUGGUUUAUCUUCGAGAUUCCAAGCUCCGAUUGCAACAGCGUCUAAAUGAAGCGGAUAAGAAGGCGCUGGAGAUGAUCAUCGAACGAGAGGAACUCCAAAAUCAAGUCCAACAUCUGCAGGUAUGGGAAUUUUUUUGAUUUUUUAUUCGGUUUUUAGGCCCAUAAUGUCCAACUGUCGGCCGAAUUGGAGGCCCUCCAACACGCGUUACGCCAUGAACAGGCCUUGAAGGCCGAGUUGGAUGGCCUGGUGGAGCAGCUGAGGUCGGAUAAUGACCGCCUCAGAAUCGAGGCCGACCUCUCCAGAAAUUGUUUGGAGGACCUGAGGGCAAGUGCCAACUGGACAGGCCACAGUGAACUUAAUUCCCAGCCGAUUCGCCAACUCCCGGACCCGCAGCUCUUCCACAUUGCGGAUACGACCGCUCAAGAAGCCCUGAAUGUCCAUAGAAUCAUCGAAGAACAGGCGUUGCCUCAGGGUAAGUAAAAUAAGUUUUUUGUUGAGUUUGGAAAUUUAGGUGUCCGAGAAGAAAUUCAAGAAGAGUUUGGUGGUUUACAACAAGGUCAAGCUGAGAAUAGGGUCUUUGACGACUUCCAAGAACGAAAUGAAGUUGAAGAUGGAGGUCUGAGACAAGGAGAAGAUCAAAAAGAUCAGUUUUUGGACGAAAAUCCCGCUGAAAAUGAUGCGGAAGGCUGGGAAGAACAUGAUGAUGAUCUGGAAGUGGAAAAGAUCUCGGAAAAGCAACCAGAACCGCUUGAGGAAGUCGCAGAAAAACUUGAAAGACCUACAACUCCAGUUGAUGAUAAAAUGGAGGCCGUGGAAGAAGGGGAAGGCCAGGAAAUUGACGAAGACGACGCUUGGAAUGAGGAAUGGAGCCCGAGAGAGAAGAAUGUGGAUUUUAAAUAUGAAUACCUGGAAGAACAACCCUUGCGAAGAGCGUCGGAAUGCGCCAGCGACGUCUGCGAUGUGAAUAUCGUGAAUGAAGUGGAAUGCUCGGACAGAAUUUUCAGAGAACAGGAGAACGAAGAGAUUGCAUGCCGAUUGGACCAGAUGGAAACGGAAAUCGUGGAAGGAGUUGUGGAGAAUGUUUUGAAUGAUGAGAAAGAGAAGCAGGAAGAGAAAGAGUGGGAUAAAGAACAUGAAGAAGGGAAUUUGGAGGAGGAAAAUGCAUUGGGAGUUGAGAAAAAGCAGAUUGAAGAUGAUCAGGGAUUAGAAGGUCAUGUGGAAGAUACUGAGGCCCAACGAAGCGAAGAGAAAAAAGAUGAGGACAAAAAAAUUGAUGGAGAAGUUAAUAAGGACGCUGACCCACUGCCAGAACAAUAUUCCCCUCCAAAUUUGAUCAAAUCAAUUCUAGAGGAGGCGGUUCCAAUUGGCGGACCUGGCGCUGAUGAUGUAAUUGAAAGAAUGGAGCAAGAACUGAGAGAAGAAGAGGAUAAUGGCUUUGUGGAAGGAGAAGAGUACAGAAUAGAGAAGGAGAAAGAUGAUGAGUUGCUGGAAAGAUAUUCGGCAACUAAUUUGGACAGUAUUUUCGGGCCACCAGCGGUUCAAAUCGCUGGACCUGGCAUGAAGAAUGUAAUUGAGGAAAGCAGGGAGGUUUUGGAAGAAACGAAGAAAGAAAAUGAUAAAAUUGAAGAGCAGAGGGAAGAAGAAAGAGAUGGGAAAAAGGAUUUGGAGGAAAUAAUAGAAGAAGGUCCCGAAAAAGAAGAUUUGAGAGAAGCAGAGCAUGUUGAACAUGAUGAACAUGAAGUUUUGUCGAUUUUGGAGCAGAAAGGCGACUUAGUUUUGAAGAAUGAGCCAGAAGAAGUGUCAGAAAAGAAGCUGGAGAGCAUAGUUGUUGAGGAGAAGCCAGAAGAAAGCCCCCGGAAGAGCCCAGUUCUAGAGCAAAAGGAUCAACAAGCCGUGGACCGAGCCCUCGCUCAAGGCGACCCGCAAAGCCUCGAAUUCCUCCGGGAAAUGGCGGAAACAAGCCUUCAUGUCGCCGAAUAUCUCCAAGUUCAAUAUCAACUCAUGAAAGAGGGCAAACUCCCAAUUGUUCAUGUCCCGAAAAUUGAACGAACAUCGAGACAAAGCAGUGUGGAGAGUCUACGAAAGAGCUUCUCGGAAAGCCCGGCGACGGUAAAGGGAGAAACCAGUGGGUAUCAGGGAUUGAAAUUGAAGAAUAAAGAGAAUGAAGGUGUGAUUAAGGUUAGUUGAAGGGGGAACUGGAAAAAGUUUUGAAACUUGAAUUCUGGACAUGUUGUUUACCAUAAAAGGCAUCUAUAGCUUUCUAUAAGACUCCUGGAAGAUUUCUUUUCCUAAUAACUUGAGAAAUAAUGGAUGAAAAUUUACGAAAAUUGGAUUGUUAAGGUUUCCAACGGUUACAUUUUUUGGAAUGCAAUUUUUUAUUACUAAAAGGUUCUCAGGAAAUCUGAAAACUUGAUUUUUAUCGAUGUUAUUCAUCAAGUCGGAAAAAUCGGCCAUUUAUCGACUAAACUUUGUCAAUAAAUGACCGAUUUUUUGAUGGGAUGUGAAUAAAAUCGAUAAAAAACAAGUUUUCAGAUUUCCUGAGAACCUUUUAGUAAUAAAAAAUCGCAUACCAAAAAAUGAUAACCCUCGAAGAUCUUUACAAUUCAAUUUUCGUAAAUUUCAUUCAUUAUUUCUUAGGUUAUUGGGAAAAGAAAUCUUCAAGAACUCCUGUAGAAAGCUAUAGAUACCUUUUUUGGUAAACAUAAUGUCCAGAAUUCGAGUUUUAAUCGUUUUUCUCUUUCAGGAGAAAGAAGAGAUAGCUCCAAUCAAGGAAAUCCCAGAGAAAUCGGGGAACGAAGAGUCGAAGGAUGAAUGGUCAUGGGAAGAAGAACCAAAGCCUGCAAAACCGACUAAAUCAACAAGUUUAAAGGCCAAGGAAUCGAAAAUUGAACCAAAAAAGAGUGAGGAAAGUAGAAGAGGAAAGGAAAAAGAGGUCGAAAAGGAGCUAGAAGUGCCAAAAGAGCAGAAAAAAGUGGCUGAAAAAGCGAAAGAAGAGGUGAGAGAAGUAGAAGAAUCGAAAAAAGAAGCAAAAGAAGUCCCGAAAAAGCCAAAAGCAGCGAAAAAACUGGUCCUCGGCAAGCCAAAAUUCAAGGUGCAGACGGAGGAGGACGAAGCACGCAUAACAGCUGUAUUGCCCACGAAUUUUGAGGAUAGUAUUGAUAUUAGGCCUCAUCAGAUCCAAGAAAUUGAAGAUACAGCAACAGCCAGAAGUGGACUGACGGAAAACACCCAAGACAGCGAAUGGAAGUGGGGAAAUGAAGAGGAAAUUGAACUUGAAGGUAAAAAUUGAGGCCUUUUUAUGUUGCACAGUAUUCGACCUGAUCCAGUGGCAGAAAACGUAUCAUUUUGCAGCCGGAAAGUGUCAAAAAAUGUAGAAAAACACCUCCCUGUCCAAGUGAAAAAACUCCGAUUUCAAAAGCUAUCUUUGGGAGGGAAGGGCCCGCUUUUGAAAUCGGAGUUUUUUCACCUGGAGAGGGAGGUAUUUUGCUACAUUUUUGGUACUCCAUGGAGGCAAAAUGACACGUUUUUUGUCACUGGAUCAGGUCUGUCACUGUAGUAGGUCCUUUUGGCUUGUUUUGUCGAUAUUUUUGGCUGUUAGUAAGUGAUUAUGUAAUUAUGAUUUUAGAGCCCUCCCAGGCCGCCCAAUCAACUCAAAAGUCGGAUGAAUGGGGAUGGGGCGAAGAGGAAGAAGCCUCGGAAAUGACUGUAAAGAACGUUGAAGUCAAGAAGACUGAAAAUAAACCAAAGCAAUCAACAGACUGGGCUUGGAAUGAGGAUUGUAGGUUUUGAAUAAGUUUGGGCCUUUGACCGGUGAAUGUCAUCUCCAAUAUGGCUAAUUAACACAUUUUUUUCAGCGACUGAGGCAACCACGAAUGAUGACGAUGAUGGCGCCUGGGAAGAUUGGUAA